GCGGCUGUAGCCAUGACACCUUCGCCCGUGUGUGCAUCUAGAAUGAUCCUCCGGUGCGAGCGCAGGCUGCGGACGGCACCCCAGAAGCUAAUCCAAAAAUACUCUUGCAGCAUGUGCUAACAGACGCGCUUCUGCACUUUAGGCUCACAAUCUUAUUUAUUUAACAAAGGGCUGUAAUCGUGACUUUCUGUUUCUCAUUAUCCUGACAUACUGAUAGCAUUCACGUUGUGAGCCAAUGAUAGCUUUUUUUGACUGAGAUUUGCUAACUUGCACCUUGUCAGUGAUUGGCGAGAGGUUAAAGAGCUGCUUUACUACAUCCAGGGUACACUGAACAAUGGCAACAGCGGCAGGCAAGCCUUGCAGGGAUAACUUGAGAGAAAAAAAAAAACAGUUGAAUAAACUGCAGUCUAAGCAACUCCAAUGAAGAGACAGGAAAACCAGGCAGCCAGGCUCACAGCAGGCUCCUUCUCUGUGCCGCUCUUUAACCAGAAGAAACGAAACAGGGUUCCUUUGACAUCGGUUCCCUCUGAGAAUGAAUUUUUUUCCCACAGCGAAUACAUGGCAAGCACCAGCUCAGCUGUAUCUCACAACGCAGCAGGUACCUUUGGGUGUUACCAGGCCUCAGGUCCCUCUUCUGGUGUUCCUCAAAGCCAAGAGUGGAACAGACAAAGCAACUCAAAAUCUGCUCCAGCCCAGCAAUAUGGCAGCAGCAGACCUGCUCCUGGACCUGCCCCUCCAAUAAGAGCCUAUGGACACCUUUCGCAUCCAUACAAAGCUGGAGGCAGAAGCCCAAUGACGGGACAACCCAGUAACCCACUCAGACAGCAGGAUUCCAACUCUGUCGUGAAUUUCAGACAGAACAAAUAUCAAGCCCCUCGCGGCAUUGAGAGUGGACAAAGCCAGCCAGCUCCCCGUACGGGGUUGUCUCAGAUGGGUCAGAAGGCAUCUCAUAGAGCACUCAGUUCAACAAUUCUGUAUUCCCAGCAGUCUAGAUCUGUUCUUCCUCCAGUGUCACCACCCGAGAGGCCCUCUGCUAAUGCUGCGCAGCCACAGAAGGACCCCUGGAAAUUUACUAACAGCUUUGAGCCGCUGAGAUGCUCUUUUGAGGGUAAAAGGAGCUCAAAUCCACAGCACACUGUGCGACCGACUCCAACUCAGGAAACGUUUUCAGUGAAACCAGCCGUCGAGAACUCACUGAGGAUCCUGACUGCAGUUAUUGAUGGCAUGAGACACUGGAGUCAGUUUAAGGACAGAGUACCUUAUUUAUUUGAGAUAUUCGCUACUCUAGACUCUGCGGUCACAGUUGGUCGCUACGGAGCCAAGAACUUCCUCCUGAGAGAUGGGAAGGAGGUUGUGCAGUGUGCCUUUUAUGAAAACGAGCAGGCACUCCCCCGUCUCAUCCGUGGUCAGGUCCAUCGGUGUGUGGGUAAUUAUGACCGAAGCAGAGAUGUCUUGAUGUGUGUGUCUGUCAGAGCAGCUCUGCCUUCAGAGCUGAGAAACGCUCAGGAGGCCGUUAAAGUCUGUGAUGCAGAAAUGCGGGCGCUGGCCAAAUCACUCAGUGAAGUCUGAGCAUGAUGAUGCAGUACGAAAGCAGCAGUUGGAAAGUAUACCAGUGUUGGAGUGUACACAGGAGCCACGCUUAGUGCUGAGUUCUCUAAUUUGUUACAGUUGCAAAUCUUAAGUUUAAAUUGUUGAGGUUUUUUUUGACCUGUAGAGGGUGCUCUUUCUAUUCACUUGUAUUUUUUAAUGCCUGAAUUCAUGCUUGUGUUCAGUUUUUGGUGUUUAUUCAUAAAUAGAAAAUCAAAAUAAUUUAAGUAAAACCUUAACAGAAA